AUGAUCGUCAUCUCCUGGAAUGGUCGGGGUUUGAGCAACCCGAGAGCAGUCCGUCAGCUUCGUUUGCUCAUUUCUCAAACUUCGCCUGAUGUAAUUUUUAUUAUGGAGUCUAAGCUUAGUGUUGGUUCAAUUACUAAAUUUCGUAAUAUUUUAAAAUUCCCUAAUGGUGUAGAAGUCCCUAGAGUAGGUCUUAGUGGUGGUCUUCUUUUUCUUUGGAAAUCUGAUGUAAAUGUAACUAUUCUUAAUUAUGGUAAAAACUUUGUUGAUUGUUAUAUGUCGCUCUCUGAUGGCCCUUCUUGGCACUUCUCUGGCUUUUAUGGUGAUCCUUGUGUCUCUCAAAGGAACCUUACUUGGCAAUUAUUAACAAAGCUCAAGGAUACUGCCCCCUUAUUGCCAUGGCUUGUACUGGGUGACUUUAAUGAAACCAUUUCUCACUCAGAUAAAUUUGGUGGUCCUAUGAAACCUGAAGUGGAAAUAGAUGCCUUUCGUAAGGCUGUGGAUCUCUGUGGUCUACAAGAAUUAAACUUUGAGGGUGAAAGAUUAACCUGGCACAACAAAAACACACGUGGUGUUAAUGUGAAAGAGCAUUUGGACUAUGGCUUUGUCAACUCUGCCAGGAUCGAUAAUUUUUCCUCGCCUGUUCUUUCUCACUUGGAUUUUUUUCAAUCUGAUCAUAGAGCUUUGAAGGCAACAAUCUCACUUACUUUGGACAACCCUCCACCAAAGUUUAAAUCUCGGUUUAGAUUUGAAAAACUAUGGUUGCAGGAAGAUGCUUGUUCAUCUAUUAUUGCUGCAAAUUGUAUUCAAACUGGCUCAGAACCUGCAUUGCAAAUCUUGGAUAAUUUCCAAUCCUGUGCAACUAAGUUACAAGCAUGGCAUCGAUCAAAAUUUGGAGACUUGCCUAAAAAAAUCAGACUCUCCCAAGAAAAAGUGACAGCGUUAAACAAUUCUUUAGAUACAUCUACUACUCACUUUGAUGACCUGAAACAAAGUGAAAAUGUGUUGGACGAUCUUCUGUCUCAAGAAGAAGCCUACUGGCAGCAACGUUCUCGUUCCUCUUGGCUGAAAUCGGGUGACUCUAACACUCGAUAUUUUCAUCAAAAAGCGACCACAAGGAGGAAUACAAAUAAUAUCAAAUCCCUCACAGAUGAUAAUGGUAUUGUGCACACUUCUCACUCUGGUUUGUGUGGUGUCAUUGAGAGUUAUUUUCAAAAUAUAUUCACUACUGAUGGUGUUGAUCGAGAAGCAGUUCACAGAGUUAUUUCCACUAUUCCUUGCUCUAUAACAGCUGAGAUGAAUGCUGAUUUAAGCAAACCUUUUUCUGCUACUGAAGUUUACAAUGCUCUCACAUCAAUGGUGGAUGAUAACAGUCCUGGUUUGGACGGUAUGUCUGUGAUGUUUUAUACUAACUAUUGGCACAUAGUUGGGAACUUGGUUACUGCAGCAGUGUUAAAAGUGCUUAAUGAGGGUGCGAGUCCUGCUAGCUUUAAUCAAACUCUUAUUACACUGAUUCCGAAAGUUAAAAAGCCUUCUACCAUGUCGCAGUUGAGACCUAUCAGUCUUUGCAAUGUGUUAUACAAGCUGGUUUCGAAAUCAAUUGUGCUUCGUUUGAAGCCUUUCCUAUCCUUAGUCAUAUUAGAAUCUCAAAGUGCUUUUCUUGAAUCUCAGCUUAUCACUGAUAAUGUUCUGAUUGCUUUUGAGUUAUUACAUUCUCUAAAGCAUUUAAAGAGAGGGAAACAAGGAUAUGCAGCUAUUAAACUCGAUAUGAGUAAGGCGUUUGACAGAGUUGAAUGGCACUUUUUGCAAAGUAUGUUGACGGCUAUUGUAAAGCCCGCUUAG